CCCUCCCGCUUUCUCUCUCAUCCAAGCAGCUUCGACGCACACACAUCUGGCAUCCACGCGCGUGCUUCGCUCAAUAAGAUGAGUCGUCGCGGAGGUCGAGGUCGCGGCGGCGGGCGCGGUGCUGGCUCAAGUCGCGAUACCGAUGUACACAUGAACGACAUGGGUGUCCCCACGGGCCCUUCUAGAUUUAAUCCUUAUGGCGGUGGAUCAAGAGGUCGAAACAAUCGGCGAGGUCCUGAGCAGGAUAAGCUCAAGCAGAUCGACAUCGCGAUUCACGGGGCGCAUGGAGGAAGUCACGAAGAUCUGAUUGCCUUUAUCCUUCGCAAAACGCGUGUUAAAAUCUCUCAUCUACGCAAUAAUGGCAGUGCGCAUCCAAUACUCGUUGCGGUGCAUUCUCAAGCCGAUGCUAUUGCACUGGAAAAGGCGAGUGGCUUACGCUUUGCGGGUCAUAUGUUGGGUAUGCGACAGGUGACUGGAGAUGGCGCAUCAGGUUCACCAGCAAAGGGCAUCACGCCCGACAAGACCAUUGACACCCUCAAACAAUUUCUGGCAACGCGAUAUGCGCCUGAGAAUCGUAUGCUGGAUCUCUCUCGCAUGCAUGAAGACCCGUUACUGCUUGGUAUCGGACUCGUGGCGAAUACAUCUGCCAGUUCAAAAAUGUUUCCAGCGCUCAUGAAACUCAUGUCGCAAGAAAAGAUGGAUGUGGCAUCUGUCAAUCUCGAAUCCAAUAAGCUUAGGGAUGUGGCAGGUAUUUCUACACUCACGCAGACAUUCCCAAAACUCAGAAACUUGAGUCUCGCCAAUAAUGACUUUCGCAAAUACGCCAAUCUGGAUGCUUGGGCUGGGAAGAACAAGCUUGCUAAUCUGCAAGAGCUCAUCUUGACUGGCAAUCCGCUCAGGGAAGAGGAACUCGCGAAAAACAGAUCUGUCGAGUAUCGCAGUGAAAUCACAAAGCGUUUCCCCGGGCUCAAGAUGCUGGACGGACAACCGAUUGCAGCGGGCAUCUCUUUCGAUGUGGAUGGUGUCGAUGAAGUUGGCAGAGCUGAUGCCAGUAGAACAAAACUACCGUUGCCUGUGAUACCAUCCUUUUACGAGACAGAGACUGUUCAAGCAACAGUGAUGGAGUUUCUCGGCAGCUUUUUCCCGGCAUACGAUCAAGAUCGGUCAGUACUCGAACAAGUCUAUGCCGAGAAUGCAGUCUUCACCAUGUCACUCAAUGUCAAUGCUCCUCGCAAGAAAAGCAGUGGCGCGUUUGCAACGAGUAGUUGGGGUCCCUAUCUCAACAAGUCACGCAACUUGGUGCGCAUCACGGCACUCGAUACACGCAUUGUACGGACCAAUGUUGGGCGUUCAAAAAUCAUGCAAGCACUCAAGGAACUCCCCGUCUCUCAACAUGAUCUCUCUGACGGAGCUCUCUUUUCCGUUGAUAGUUGGUCGUUUCCGACAUCAGAGGGACAUCAGCUGAUUGAAAUCUGCGUCCAUGGCGAAUUCAAGGAGAAGAUUUCAGCAAAGCAAACAACAAGACGCAGUUUUGAUCGGACAUUUGUAUUGGCGCCAAAUCCGAAUGGUGGAGUCUUCAUCAAGAGUGAUUUGUUCUUGUUGCGCGGUUGGGGAGGUAGCGAUGCCUGGCGAAGUAAUGGACCACCCAUCGCGGCGGCAGCAGGAGCAACAGGAGCAAUAGAACCGAUUCCAGCUACUGUGAAUGGCGCAGGAGGAGCAACAGAGGGUCGUCCGCCUGGUAUUGACGACAAGCAAUUCGCAAUACUCACUGCACUACAACAACAAACUGGCUUGAAUAUGCAAUACGCUGGCAUGUGCUUGGAGCAAUACAAUUGGGACUUGGCCGCUGCUGUGGAAGUGACGAAUAGGUUCAAGGCGAGUGGUGACCUACCAGCGGAGGCGUUUAUUUGAGAGACAAUUUUGGACAAUGCUUCAUGAUGGCACUUCAUGGCACAGGCAGAGAUCGCACCCACUGCAACCCAACAUUUUUGUUUCGUAGCAUUAAAAGACAAAAGGAAAUCAUGUGCUGUACAAUGAAGUGAUG